AACGUUUGCUCCGCAUUAGUAGGCCCCAUGUACGAAACAUAUAUACAUAUGUAAAAAAUUUCGUGAAAUUGAGUAAAACUACGCUCCGCGCUUUAAAUCCCAAAUUGUAGAACUAUGAAACCGGUUAUCGAAUGGCUAAUUAGCGUUUGUGCUGGCCUCCUCUUUAGCACUCAGUCCAUGCGUAUUUUGAAGAUAGCCAACGAUGAGAAGAAUUCACCAUCGUCGUCCUCCUCACAGACCAAGUCCGUAACGGCGAUUCAAGACGAACUGGAAAAGCCCUACAUUAUGGGAUCCGAGCAGAUAAGCGCCGCGUUGCAGACUGUUUUGAGCAGCGAUGGAAAUAACCUAGAUAAUCAGUCGUUAUCCGACAACAACAACAACAAUAACAACAACAACGGACAAUUCGAGUAUACUUUGGGCUCGGAGUCGUUGAAUCGCAUGUUGGAGGACAUGUUGGCACGUCCAUGCAGCGAGAAUUUGGAGCUACCCCAUAUCGAGCCGGCAAUACAGCUUUAACUAUUACAUAUUGUAUAUAUCUGUA